UCUAGAUUUAUCUGGUCAUGAACAUCUUCAUGUGUUUAAUGUGUCAUGACAAAGCACUUUGUCAUAUGAGGAGCUUAUCCAGAAGGGGUAACUGAACACUUUCCACAUGAGCGCAAAGUAAUCUGUGAAUCAGUGGUAGCUUUGUGACGGGAGCGCAAGUGGAGCAUGGGGGUUACAAUGUGCAUAGCCUGUCUUGAACCAGCGCCAACUGGCUUGCAGUUAUAUAGCCUCAUUUAUCUGUCGCAGUCACAUUCCUCACGGUUUCCCACCACAGAAUGGGUGCCCCGCUGGUUAGCGAAGGAGACGCAUCCCAGAAAACAAGUCCGCCUCCCUUCGACCAACACAGCGCCAGUGGCACGAGACAAAGCCCCCAAUUCACGCCUCCGCCUCACACUACCCACUUGUUAGGACAGAGAGAUCUUCAGCUCGAAACAACGAGGGCUCUCUGCAGAAACCAGAGAUUUCGGAUUGUGUAAUCAAGCGUCCGCGGCUCCACUCUCAAAGCACCUGGACUGACUCCACCUCCUUCCUAGGUGGGGCAGAGCAGGUAAUCGCGAGACCGAGGUCAGUCAAAACGCGGAAAUAAUACAGCACGGAGGAAAGUCUUAUCAACAUUCUGAAGCCAAUGUCCACAGAGAUAAGGAUAUGAGCCAUCCGCCCAGGACUCACCGGGGGCAAAGGGAACGGGACCGGGAUCGGGACCGUGACCGUAACGGGGAGCGCACCGGAGCACCCCGAGACAACCGAGAAGGCCGGGGCAGGCGGGACUACUACGAAGACAGACCACCGCCUAGCGACAGUUCAUCACAGCCUCCAUACUAUGACCGCACACCACCGCCUCCGAAACAAACACACAGAUCCACACCCCAAGAAGAGCACCAUGCAUCCAAGUGCACUAACAUAUGUUCGAGGAGAGGUAUAGUGCUGAUUUGUGCUGUCCUGACUAAUGCGCUGGUCCUGGUGUGUAUUGUGGCCGCGCACCUCUCCAUGUCCGGCUUCUCCUCAGCAGGCCUGUCCGGUGGCUUCAGCAUCAACGCCCAGAUCCCCUUUCAGGGCACCGAGCUGCAGCAGGUUCGCGACCUUGACAUGCAGUUCAGCCAAAUGCGCGCGCCUGGAGUAUACGGGGGCGUGGCCUUCAGCCUCACCAUGGGGGUCAUCUCCCUCCUAUUUGUAGUCUCGGGGUCAAAGCCCGCCUACCUACUGGGGAAGAAGCUGCUGGUCGGCCAGUUUCUCUUCCAGCUCAUAGGGGGUAUAGCCUACGUGGUUGCCGUGGGACUGUACCUGCACUUUGUGAUCAGCAUCAACGCGACAGAUGUGUGUCAGCGCCGUGAGCGGCUCUACGCGGGGCGUGGCUAUACCUGGAUGAACUGCGACGUCGGCGGGGGUGAUGCAGCCGUGGCCCUGUUCGGGCUCAUCACCGCUAUUCUCUACGCGGUAGGAACGUACCUCACCUUUGUCACCAUGCGCAACGUGGCACACUACCACAAACGCACACAAAGUCACACAAAUUCGCGUUCUCACAUAUAGCAAAGGCCUGUUUGAUGGGACAACCUAAAUGUCGAAUGUGGCUGUGAGAGGAAUACAAUGAUAUUUCCAUUGCAAAACAUGCACACAAAAUGUAGGCUAUUUGAUAAUGUGCGUUUUUACAUGUUUUACCAUUGUAACUGGACUUUUAACAGGUUAUUUAGUGAAACUUUUAUAUUGAUUUGUUGUGAAAUAAUGAUCCAAAACCUCAUUUUCAAAUAUUGUUUUUUUUUUGCCUCUUAAUAGCGACAUAUCUUGCCAUCUUUUACUGUGAAUAUUUUGAAUAUUCUAUUUUGAUAUGAUUUUGGCUGGAGAGACACAGUCAACAGAUUUUUCUCACUGAUCUAUUUUGUUAAUAAACUCCUCACUUUAAUAUCA